CAGCAGGUAUUGGUAUAAUAUGAGAGUUUAUAUGGCUAAGUUUUCGUUUGCCGACGCUGGGAUUGCAGCAGUAAUAGCAGCGGGUGUGGCUGAGCUGCGUUGGCAGCAAUGCUAACAGCCCCGGUCUUUUACCCCCCUCUAAGAGGCCCUCGCAUGACCGAGAAGACCGGGCUCACUACUAGCAGGAAGCUACAAAGGAGCGGCUACGGAAGUGCGCUCAGCACCACCACUGCCUUGACUGCUGUCCCUCCAGGUAUACAUAAACCUUCGCUCUGCAACCCGCCCUGGAUGACGUCCGACUCCGUGGACGUGGAGAUGCGCCCCAGCACCCGAGGCGAGCUCCAGUUUCGUUGCAUCACCUCCCUGAGCGUCCGUCUCCCCGAGGAACCUUGGUACAAGAGAAUCCGCGUUCCUGGCGUCUUUAACCGAACCUCUCCUCACUCGAACGCCGUCCACACGACAAAGUACACCGUCAUCACGUUUCUACCCAAGAACCUAUGGGAGCAGUUCCACAGAUUUGCCAACAUUUUCUUCCUCUUUAUAGCCCUCCUCAACUUUGUCCCAGAGGUGCAGGCGUUUGGGAAAGAGAUUGGCUACCUCCCGCUCCUGUUUGUGCUCGCUGCGACCGCCGUGAAAGAUAUUUUCGAAGACUAUCGCCGCUACCGCUCUGAUACAGAGGUCAAUGCAAAGCUGUGUCGUGUGUACAACAGGGAGCUGAAGACCUAUGUGCAGCGACAAUGGACGAACGUUCGAGUUGGAGAUUUCGUGGAGCUGGAGUGUGACGAGGUUAUCCCGGCCGACCUCUUACUCCUCGCGACCUCUGACCCCCACUACAUCUGCUACAUUGAGACAGCCAACAUUGACGGAGAGACCAACCUGAAGCAGAGGGGGGUGGUGCCUGGUAUUGUGGAUGACAUGUUGCCACUGGGACCACUGGAUCACUUUGACCCUAGUUAUUUCUCUGGAGAGCUGUUUGCCGAGCAACCCCACUCCAAAAUCAACCAGUUCAACGGAUACGUAGAUGUUGGGGGUGGUAGGAGAUUCCCAGUGGACAGAGGCAACCUGUUACUGAGAGGAUGUGUCCUCAGGAACACCACCAGAGUUGCCGGCCUCGUCGUGUAUGCAGGUCACCAGACAAAGGCACUGCUCAACAACAGCGGGCCGCGGGCCAAACGCAGCAAGCUGGAGAAAGACAUCAACACAGACGUCUUCUUCCAGCUGGCCCUUCUUCUUGUCAUCUGCACCAUUGGAGCCAUUGGUAGCGGUGUAUGGACAAGUGAAAAUGUCGGCAAGAACAUCACUUAUUUCCCCUUCAACGACCUGGACCCUGCACUCGAGGCCUUUAUUAGGUUCUGGACCUACAUCAUCAUUUACCAGGUGAUCAUCCCGGUGUCUCUCUACGUGACCAUCGAGAUAAUCAAGAUCAUCCAGGUCUACUUCCUCAACUGGGACCUGGACAUGUACUACGAGCCAACCGACAGGCCGUUCCUGGCCCGGGCCCUCAACGUCACCGAGGACCUGGGCCAGAUCCAGUACAUCUUCUCCGACAAGACCGGGACUCUGACAGAGAACGAGAUGGUGUUCCGCUGCUGCUCCGUGGGCGGCAGGAACUAUCCCCACACCCUCACCACUAUCACAGGAGGGAAAGGUGUAGAGGGAGGAGAGGGAGGAGAUGUGGCUAAUGAUCCAGACAGUGGCAAUUUUCAAGAAGAAACUGACUUCCCUUCACCCCCUAGCUCCAAGCUGGUGUUGGAUGCUGGUCUAGUGAGGGACGUGGAGAACACGGGACUCUGUCACGACUAUCUCCAGGACUUCUUUGUGGUCCUGGCUCUCUGCAACACUGUCGUUCUCUCCAGGAAGACUCAGGAUACUCAGGAUGUUCCAGAUUUUUCACAUGAGGCGACAUGGGAUAGGGACAGACUGGCUGAGUAUGUUCAAACCAUCACGUAUGAGGCUGAAUCUCCAGAUGAAGCUGCUCUAGUCGAGGCUGCUCGUAGCUAUGGCUAUGCACUGGUAGCUCGCUCUCCCGGUCGAGCGGUUGUGACCACACCCACUGGCCGUCUCCUGGUUUACCACACUCUACAUGUACUGGAGUUUGACUCUGAACGCAAGUGCAUGUCGGUUGUCGUCAAGGAAGACUGGAGCGGGAGGAUACUGCUCUACUCCAAAGGGGCUGACACAGUCAUAUUUAGCAACUUGGCUCACCCUGAUACUGGUGUUUUGGUGGAGAGUGGGGAGGAGGAGGAGGAGGGACCAGGGGAAGAGAGGAGGGAGAACAGAAGAGAACUAACUGAGAAUCGUCUCACUCUCUAUGCAAAGGAGGGGCUGCGCACUCUCUGCAUGGCAAGGAGGGUGUUGGGAGGAGAGGAGUAUGGUGACUGGGUGGAGGGGAGGAGAGAGGCCGAGGUGGCUCUGGAACAGAGGGAGGAGAAACUGUUUGCCUCUGCCAAAGCCAUAGAGUCACAACUAGAGCUACUGGGUGCCACAGGUAUUGAGGACCGACUGCAGAAUGGAGUUCCUGAGACCAUUGAGAGUCUGAGGAUGGCUGGGAUAAAGGUCUGGGUCCUUACUGGAGACAAACAGGAAACAGCAAUCAAUGUAGGGUUUUCCUCUCGUCUCGUCAGUGAGAACAUGGAUCUCAUCAAGAUCAAUGCUUCCUCCCUUGAAGAGACGAGGGAGAUUCUUGAGUGUCGGAGAAGAGAGUUUUUUGACUCUGACUCCGACUACAGUACAGACAGCAGUCAGGACUCGAGACUGUCAACAAGACCACUGGCCUUCCUGUGGAAGGUGGGACGACCGAGGAGAGGGGUAGGGAGGAGGGAGGGUGGGAAGGGAGAGGAGCGACCAAAGGCCCUGGUGAUUGACGGGGGCACCCUCCCAUUUGUGCUGGACACCUCACUUAAGUCUCUGUUUCUCGACGUGGCGAGUCAGUGUGUCUCUGUCAUCUGCAGUCGUGCCACUCCCAUUCAGAAGGCGAGUGUGGUGGGUCUGGUGAAGACAGGACUGAAUCAGAUGACCCUGGCCGUUGGUGACGGAGCCAAUGAUGUCAGUAUGAUCCAGACUGCCAACAUUGGUGUGGGCAUCGCUGGUAGAGAAGGCAUGCAGGUGAGUUAUAGCGAUAGAGCAUGUCAGCAAUGAGGUUCGCAGAGCAAGGGCAAAAGCAAACAAGUCCACUGCAGACAGGAUGUUUAGCUCAAGGAUAAAGGAAGAGAUUCUUUUGGUGGGAUUUAAACUCACAACCCUGUGCAGUCUAGGAGAGCGCUCUACACACUGGAUGGUUUCAUCUGCGAUGUGCAGUGAUGGCGAGUGAUUUUGCCAUGGGGAGGUUCCACUUUCUGGAGAAGCUCCUGCUGGUACAUGGUCACUGGUCCUACAGUAGACUGGCCAGAAUGAUGCUCUACUUCUUCUACAAGAACAUGGUCAGUGACAGACCUUUCUUCCUCCUUCUCCAUGUAUAAUUAAUUCAUACAGUCGACAGUAGUACAUGAAAAAACAUGUUUAUAGCAUACUAGCUAAAAGAAUAAUAGAAAGAGCCCAUGCACUGUAUAUACCAUAAAUGUUUUUUGCCUUGUGACUUCUUUGUUGACACAUGAAUUUAUGGUAACUUUUGAGUGUUAGAUAAAAGCGUAGUAUUGUGUCACAUG